UUUCUACUCACUCUGCCUUUACAAUUAAUUAUCUCCUUGUACACUAGUUGCUCAGUUGCUAUCUUGCUCUCCACUUCGCAUUCACCUUUCACGAUUUUCUUCUUCACUCCUUCCGUCGUCAUUGGCCCUUCACCAGUAAGCUCUCUUCUGUUGCAAUCCCUAAUGGUUUUCCCUCUCGUAUGAAAUUUGUUUUCCAUGUCCCUGUUCUCUUUCGAAAACCCUAAAAAUUUGAAGAGGCUAAAGCUUUGGCAGCAAUGCAGCAAGAAACUCGCAGCGACACCCGUAACGGGUGGAACACUUGAACACUCUGGGCAUUGCGCUUCCCAGUCCCGAGCUAGGGAAACUAUUAGUCUCACACAUAUGCUUCGACAACAACCAUCCUUGGAUGUGGAAGUUCACGCACCACGCUCUCUCCUCGUGCCUCCUCUUCCUCCUUCAAAUGCUCUCUCUUCUCGCUUCGAACGCCAUACCUCACCACUACUCUCACACUCCCUCUUUCGCUCUCUUUCUUCCUCUCUUAUCGUAAUAUGUGUUCUCCUUUCACCCUACGCUCUGUCUCUCCUGCAACACAACAGCAAGAUUGUGAGUUCUGUGGACUCCGCACUUCGGAUUUCAGAAACCUAUAAGGUGUGCGAUCUGGAGAUAGGGCACGUGUUCGUGCCAUUCUUUUACGAGAUUGUGAUUUCGCUGCUCGAUUGUAUGCUGAUCGAUUGGGGAAUUCAAGAGACUUUUAGUGAGAAAUCGAGUAAUCUAUUCAGGUUCUUGGGCACUUUUUUGGCCUCCUAUGCCCUCCUACAUUAGUUAUUGAUGCAGCCAAUCAGGCAGCUAAAGCUGCAAGCUUCAUUUAUAAUUCUAUGAAUGGAAAUGGUGAAUCUGGCACUGGAAUUCAUGUUAAUGCCAAUACAAAAGGAGGUGGGAACUUGAGACAUCUUAGAGUGGAGGCUUACAUAACUAGGAAUUUCAUGGAUACAUCAUUAUACUUCUGUUCUGGUUAUGUCUCUACAUCUGUUUUUUCUUUGUGAGAUUCAUCACCUCCAGAAAAAUCUUACACCAUUAAACAAUACUCUUAUGAUAAUAUAGUAACUAAUAAUAAUUUUAAACUAAAUAAUGCAUAGUAUAUGAUAUAAAAAAUAAAUAUUUGGUCCUUGCAAUAGUUAUGUGUGUAAUGAGUUCUGGUAGAGACAUUUGUUUGUGUCUGUGUUUCAACUGUUGUUUUAAUAUGUUCAGGAGGGUGACAAUUUUUCGAUCAGAAGUUCUGAAACAAAUUCAUCUGGUAAAAGAAUAUUCUUUGUUUUGA